AUGGUACACGGUCGCGAACAAAUCUCCAUCGAGGAUCCCCUUUUUCUCCGCCUGAAAUCACUUGCCUCUAUUCUUCUCGCCAUGAUAAUUCCCCCCUCGACUCGACCAGUUUCGGUCAAAUCGUUGGCCGGCAGCCCACUCCGAAAACCCCAGGAUUUCCCCGAGAAUGUUGAGGAAGAGCUCCGCAGUAUCAACAAUGACUUCCCACUCAUCGACUUUGAUUUUGAAUUGACUCCUGUUCAACGUGUCCCUCAUCCUGCACCUUCAUCUGUAUGCGACCCGGUCGUCCAGCAGUCUCUAUUUCCAACUUCAUUUGAAACGGCCACGUCUCAUGGUGCGAAGAAUCGCAGUUCCGCCUUUUCAAGGUUGCCUUCUGAGAUUCAUGACAAGAUCCUGGAUUAUCUUCUCGGUCAGAAGGUUUCCGUGUCCAGCCCGAGUGUGACCGCAGUGUCAUCUCCCAACAGCUGGACCAAAGCGCCUCGUUUUUCUCGUCGCAAGAAAGUGACAGAUCUGACCUUGGUUUGUCACUCGUGGAGGAACCCCAUCCAAUCCCGUCUCUAUCGGCACAUCGAACUGAAGGGCACGAAUGAUGAGAUGCUCGAAUGUCGACAAUGGUUCCUUGAAAAUACGCACCUUCUUCGAUACGUCCGCGUGGUGGAGAUCUGGAUCCCUGUUUGGGGCAAGCGCUCCUACACUCCAGUUCCACGCAACCUUGAAAGAAGAUCCAGCCAUCAUCGGAUCUUCAUGUCGAGGACGAUGGGCUGGGAAGAAGUGCAACACCCCCCAUAUGAUAUUCCGUUUCUUCCUUCGGAGGAGAAUGCAACCAUGGAGGAGAUCUUUCAGCAUAUGCAGCUCUUUACCUCCGCACGAGUCCUCAUCUUGCAAGGUGGCCACGCGAACACCCCGCCCGAACUCCGACACUUCCGAAAUGGACAGGAUGAUGAACCGGCUCGUAGCCUUCCAAGACUGCCACACAUCGAGACGUUUGUUAUGCGCGGCGCCUGGAAUCUGGUUCGCAAACACCACCAGUGGAAGAAUAUUGUUAGGGCCCUGCCUUCCUUACGCGAAUGGCACGCUGUUUACCCUACUCUCCGCUCAGAUGUGGAUGAACUGAUUAGCAAAAUAUUCCGUCACCCACCAACCCACCUCCGUCAUCUCAAUCUGAACCUGGAAGGAACCGGCAUCGGAGAGGAGAUAGGACCUCUUCAGCAGUUCUCUGAUAUUGUCUGUGCUUUACUCGGCGAGGUUGCCUUCCGUCUUGAAACUCUCUCUUUCACCGGCAAAGUAUGCGAUGGUUUAUUCGGCAAUUUGGAAUACCUCGCUAGAAAGGCACGGUGGCCUCCUCGUCUUCGAUCCAUUGAACUUUCUGUUUUGAGCUGCUGCCCGGAUCCUGCGUACAUGGCGGGCUAUCCAUACCCGGUUCGAGGAAUUACCGACAUCGGUUUCAUUCACGCCUUCGAAAGACUCGUCUUGCAAGCAAUUGUCUGCCUAGAGUUCCUUCCGGCACUCACAUACCUCAAUAUUCGCUUUCUCGAUGUGUCACCUUUCAUUCCUCAAGUGAAGCCGUACUUCCGACUCAAAGGCAACGAAUGUACUGGACUGUGGAGUGAUGCCAUUUUGAAAUCCUUGAAGCGAAGUCGCCCCCUCGCGAAAUAUGUCGAACUUGCCGAUGGAAUCAAGCCCCUGUUCAGCGACGAUGGGCACCUUCUAGGUGUUUCGCACAUACCCCGCCAGCCGUUGAGUAUCAAUGCUCGCAUGUACGAGUACAUUGCCAGAUAG